AGCUUUUUAGACGUAGGCAGGCAAUCUCAGCAUAUAAAUAGAGAAAGAGAGGUCUCCACAAUGAUCCAUUAGGGUUUGAGCGGACUACCAUGUACGGAAAAGAAUGUCCUAGAAGAAGCUAGAAAGUUCUUUUCUCUUUUCACUGUUCUUCUCAAGCACAGCACAGCACAAGAACCAGACGCUUCCUCAACUUCGGCUCUGCUCUGCUCAUCAGGAUCAGAAACUUUGGUAUAACUGUUUGAGCGUGCAAGACAUGGAUAACAUACAAGAGAUCACACAAGGGAUGCACGAAUUGAAAUUUGGAGAGAUGGCAGGCACUUUUCCUCAGGAAAUCAUACAAGAGAUCCUAAUUAGGUUGCCCGUUAAAUCUAUGGUCAAAUGCACCUCAGUGUGCAAAGCAUGGAAGUCCAUGAUCAUAAACCCAAGCUUUAUCCGCACCCACCUCAGCCUAACAGUCGAUGACGUUCACCUCCUACUCCAUAGAGUUUCUGGUUUGGAGGAGACCACCUUCCUCGGCAAAACGGUCAUGGACAAGGUAGACGACGAGGUUCACUCUGUGCAUUAUGAUAACCAGGCUUUCGAUGAGUACGCCAAGAUAGAAUUUACAAUUCCUCGAAAGCAAGAACUGUGGAACUCACAUCUUCGUGUGGUCGGCAUUUGUGACGGGCUAUUCUGCCUUGCGGAUGAUAUCUACCGUUAUGGUUACAACUUCUUUAUAUGGAACCCAGCCAUUAGAAAGUUACUGACCCUUCCCAAGCCUGAUGUUAGAUUUGUUACACAUCGUGGGUACGAUGCCUCAAUUGGAUUUGGUUUUGAUGCUAUGACCAAUGACUAUAAGGUUGUGAGAGUUGUCACUUUAUUGGAUCAACGUGGGACACCAACUCUUGCUGAGGUUUAUUCCCUGGCCACCGGCACAUGGAGCAGUCUUGGUUGUGUUUCUCCUACAUGUCUAACAGAUGGACGUGCAUCCAGUGCUUUUGUUAAUGGGGUUCUUCAUUGGCCUGUAUUCUGCAAAACAAAUGGUGGUCUUUACUAUUUUAUAUUGACGUUUGACCUGGGCAAGGAGGUUUUCCGUAAGAUACCUAUGCCGAAGAUUAUCCAAUGGAAAUACGACUUGGGUUUGCGAUUGUCUGUUUCAGAUAACAGAAAAUCUAUUGCUCUGUUCACGAUGGAUAACAGGUGUGAAGAUUCUUUUCUUGAGAUAUGGGUGAUGAAAGAGUAUGGCGUAAAGGAGACAUGGACCAAACUGAUUACCCUUGGUCCACAAGGUCCAGAAAGACUUUUACCCAGGGCCUUAUAUUUUAGGAAGAGUGGUGAAGUACUGGUGCUUCUCACUGACAAAUCAAGGCAGGAACUAGUAUCACUAGACCUUGUGAGCAAACAGUUUAAAAAUCUUGGGAUUUCUGGAUAUCAAUAUUGCAAUGUUGGUUUUUAUAAAGAGAGCCUCCUCUUACUCAACAAGAGCAAUGCAGAGUCUUACUAAGAGAAAGAACAGAUCUGAUGCGCAAUAACGCCCUUUACCCGAUGUGCCUGAUACCUGAUGCUCAGUAACGUCGUUCUCUUGUUCUCUCAUGAGCUAACAUAAUUUUCGUUUUCUUGUUUAUUGUGUUGCAGAUUUGUAGGGCAGUAGUGUUGUAUGCCUGAAGUGCCUGAUGUUGUGGUGUAAUUACUUAGCAUGAACUUGUUAUCUGUAGUGCUGAUAUGCUUUCUGUAGUAGUUGUUGGACUAUUUAUUCUUCAGCUUUUGAAAAACUGUAAUGGAACUAUGGAAGUAUCUAGUUACUAAUUUCUAUUGGCU